UCGGUCACACAACACCACUGGACCGAGCUGAGGACGGAUAUACGCGCAACCUCUGUCUAAAAUUAGACGCCGCGUUGGCUCCGUGUUGGCGUUCGGGCAAAACAAACCCUCCAUAUUGACAGUUUCACUCUGUUGUUAUGGCUUCGGUUAAAAAAGACGACCGACUGACGGGAUCUCAAAGCUUCGUGUGUGUCGGAUUCGCUGGGGUUUUCAGUAAAAGCGCCACCUCGCCGCUGGAGGUGGUGAAGAUUAAAAGCCAAGUGGGAACUUUCCAUUGUAAACGGGGUUUUUGGCAGAGUUUUCUUCUCGUUUACCAGAACGAGGGACUCCGAGGGUUCUGGAAAGGAAACCUCGUCUCUUGUCUCCGGCUGUUUCCCUACACGGCGGUUCACCUCGCUGCAUAUAAAAAGCUAAUUCACCUUCACAUGGAUGAGCUGGGCUUUGUCUCACAAUGGAGGGCCACAUUUGCCGGUGGACUGGCUGGAGUUGCUGCUGCUCUGGUCACGUAUCCUCUGGAAGUGGCAGAGACCCGCCUGAUCGCUCAGAAUUGUAAAGAACCCACGUACCUCGGUGUCCUGCACACGCUGUCGAGCAUUCAGCGCAGCGAAGGCCUUGCAGCUCUCUACAGGGGUUUCUCCCUCACUGUUCUAGGUGCAUUUCCCUUUUCCAUGGGCUGCUUUGCCGUCUACAUGAAUUUGGACAAACUAUGGAAGGAGCCACCGUUUCGUUUCUCGUCCCUGCAGAACUUUAUAAACGGUUGUCUGGCAGCCGGAGUGGCUCAAACCCUCUCUUACCCUUUUGAAACUGUGAAGCGGAAGAUGCAGGCUCAAGCCGCCCACCUUCCACACUGCGGCGGUGUUGACGUUCAUUUCAGCGGAACGGUGGACUGUUUCGUUCAGGUGGUUCGUAACAAGGGGAUCCUGUCUCUCUGGAACGGUCUUACCGCCAACACAGUCAAGAUUGUUCCAUACUUCGGCCUUCUUUUCGUCUGCUUUGAGAUGUGCAAGCAAGUGUGUCUUUACCGCAACGGCUACAUCGUCUCGCCUCUGAGCUAUAAACCUGCGCCGGGUGUGGACCAGAGUCUGGGAGCAAAAGAGCUGCAGGAGGUUAAGAGAUACUUGAAAAACAGGAACUUUGGGUCAAGUGAGUCGUCGUUCUAGGACAAAGUGCCUAAGGAUUCACAUCUUCAGUCUGUAAAUCUGCCAUUACGCUUUUAACGUAAUACUUCAGCACUUAAGAGUUGCUCCCAGUGGGGAGUGGUUAAAGAGUGAAGGAGAAACCGGGUCACGUGCCGCUAAAAGUCAAUCAUGCAUUUAUGUAGGAGCUCUACUGCCAGCAGUGGUGACUGUCUGCAGCCCAGAAACACCAAUAGUGGCACUUAAAGUUUCAUGGAAUAAAGGUAGUAGCCCACAUUCUCAGACCAAACGCUCCUCGCAUGCUUGAGUAAAUCUAGGUGAGCCCUCUGCAGGUUCACUGCCAUUUUGCCAGGUGACUGUGAAUGACAGUGGUCAGAAGCCUUUCAAAUCUUUGUUGUUAUCAAUAUUUAUGUUUCUAAGGCCACAAUAUUCUUGUAUUGGAUUUGUGGCUUGUUACACCAAAAACCGCUUGUGUUAAAAAGUGCCUUUAAAAGCACAGGGUUACCUGGUAAAUACAUAGACUGUAUACCAUUGCACAGAUUGCCAUAUGAAUUGUAUAUUUUAACUGAAAAUGAAUGUAAAUAUUUUUGUUUUUGGACAUUUUAAUAAAACCUGAAGCUGAUA